AUGCAGAAACAAAUGAUGUACAUUCUUACAAUCAUUUUCAGACAUGUGGCAUCGGUUAAACAGAUUAAGGCCAUCUUGUUAGAAUUGCACCCAGUACUACCAACCAGAGAUGAAGCCUUUGGUGGUGAUAAAACUACCUUGGAGCGGGAGGAAAGGAUUCAAAGAAUUAAAAGACAAUGUCCAGAUGAUAGGCCAGCACCAAUGCGGGAUGAGAUCUUUCAGACAAAGAAACAGAAGCCUAUCAGCAAACUUCCUCCAGGUUGGUUGGAUUGUCCUGCAUUUGGAUGGAAGAUAGGUUGCAUUAUUCCUUCAAAUGUUCCACUGGGUGAAACUUUCAACAACUGUGUUCUUCCCGGCAAAAGAUGCUCGUUUAGGCAAGUCCUCCACCAACAAAGAGUUUUAGGAAGAAAGUUUGGUAUGGUGAUUGAUCUUACAAAUACAAGUCGAUACUAUUCAUUGUCAGAUUGGAGGAAAGCAGGCACCAGGCAUGUAAAGAUUCAAUGCAGAGGCCAUGAUUCUGUACUCGACAAUGUGUUUGUAAAUUUAUUUGUCUAUGAGGUUUCACAAUUUCUUGCCCGCCAGAAACAUGUACAGAAGUAUAUUCUUGUGCAUUGCACACAUGGGCAUAAUCGCACUGGGUUUAUGAUCGUUCAUUAUCUUUUGAGAACGCUGCCGAUAUCUGUCACUCAGGUACUUAAAAAAAUUUCUGAUGCUCGUCCUCCUGGGAUCUAUAAGCCAGACUAUAUUGAUGCCCUAUAUGCCUUCUAUCAUGAGAAAAAACCUGAAAUGGUUGUUUAUCCUCCAACACCUAAGUGGAAAAGAUCUUCUGAGCUUAAUUUGAAUGGAGAUAUGCCAGAUGAUGAUGACGAUGGAGGUCCUCCGGCUCCUUUGCCUGUAUGUGUUUCUGCAAGAGAACUUUCCCCUUUGAUAUUGUUGGCACUUUAUUCACGGGUGAAGUGUUUGGUUAUUCCUUCUCUGUUGAAAGUUUAAGCCUUCCGUUUCCACUAGUGCGGUGUUCAAUUUGAUUGAAAGUGAACACUAGUGGUACCAUUCUAGUGGCACUCAACAUUAGAAUGAGAAACCCAUCACUUUUUGAUACUUCUACGGUGAGGAAGUAGUGAAACUUGAGUGUGAGUGCAAUAUUAAGCUUGAUUAUGAAAAUCACCAAUUCAUGACCUUCCCAAGCAUUUUGCCAACGGAGCUUGCAAAUGAGAAACUCUUAGAGGAACGACCUUGCAAUACUUGGGAUGCUAGGAUUGCUGCAGCUUUUUAAAGACAUGAUCUGGCCAUUAAGCAUCAUGCUUGUCAAGGCUAGAUUACUUGAGCCACCUUAUGUGAAUCUACUUCCGUCAACCAUAAGACAUCUUCCAUGUCUAGUCGUUUGUCUUUCUUCUUGGUUCGAUGAAAUUUGAACCAGCAAAUGUCAGUGAGGAAUUCUUUUCCUUGGACGCGGCGUCAACUGUGCUUCAAUUCCAAACUAGUUUUAGUUAAGGAUAUGAAUCCUCUAUAUAAUGUGCUCUAUUCGGCCCAGUUUCAUUUCAAUUCUGGAAUGAUAAUAAAAAAAAUGAUCGCUUGUGCUCCUUUAUCUAUCCGUUCGCACCCACCAGCCCUUUGGUUCAUAAUUCCAUUUCCUUAUUAUGUGAUGUUAAAGAUUUCCUAGGAUU